GGGCCAGGAGAGAGAGAGACAGGGAGAGAGAAAGGGGCCAGAAUAGAGAGAGACAGGGGCCAGGAGAGAGAGACAGGGGCCAGGAUAGAGAGAGACAGGGCAGAGAGAGAGACAGGGAGAGAGACAGGGGCCAGGAUAGAGAGAGACAGGGGCCAGGAUAG